AGCUGAACCCUGCGAUUGUCUUUGACAUAUAUCUUCGCCACUACUCCUAAUCCGAUUCUCCUCCCCGCGUCGCACAUUCCGUCAAGAUGGGCAAGCUCACUAGCACCAUCGGUAUCCCAAUCAAGCUUCUGAACGAGGCACAGGGCCAUGUCGUGACACUCGAGAUCACAUCCGGCGUCGUCUACCGAGGGAAGCUGUUGGAAGCCGAGGACAACAUGAACGUCCAGCUCAAGGAUAUCACCGUUACUGCUCGCGAUGGCCGUGUCUCGCAUCUCGACCAGGUCUACAUUCGGGGAAGUCAUGUGCGAUUCUUCAUUGUGCCGGAUAUGUUGAGAAACGCUCCUAUGUUCCGCUCACGAGGACAGCGCGGACGCGGUGUUGGUCUGGCCCGUGGUAAGGCCACUGUGCAGCGUGCCCGUGCCGGUGGCCGUGGUCGGUAAAUUAGCGAUGCAUGGAGAUACAAGAGCGCAGUGUUAAAGACCUGGCGGAUUCUAGUGGUUGGCGUUCGUCUUUUGUUUUCUUUGGUUCGUUAUGGGAAAAAUUCUCAGGCUUUCUUUCCAUCUUGCUGGGUCUGGAAUCUCGGCAUUCCAUGAUGACUCGUGUAUCUCUCACGAAUGACUACCUGGCGCAUAUAUUACAUAUCCUGAAGAUUUCAGCUG